AUGACUGCAAGAAAUUAUAACAAAAAAGAAAAAUGUUCUGAAAAUGUAGAUGAAAUGUUAAAAAGUUUUGAAAGUAUAUCAUUUAAAAAUGAUAAAAAAAAAUAUAAAAGGUGUAAUAAAGAAUCAUUUGGAUCAAUUAGAAAUGGGAGCAAAUUUAAUGAAAGUAACAAUGACGUAAAUGUCCCUGAUGUAUCAUUUGAAAAGUUGAAUGAAAUGUUAGAAGAAUAUGCAUCAUUUCAUUCUGAUAUUAGUGCAACACAAUUUAAAAAAAUAUUGUCUAAAAAUUUUAUUAAAUAUAAUGAUAAUCAAAUGCGUGAAUUUGGUGAAAAUUGUAUUUAUUGGGGAUGUCAUGGUUAUGAGACAUAUAGUCUAAUGACAGACAUAAUUACACAAUUAACUUACCAUCAAAAUUUUAGAAUAGGUUGUUCAGAAGAAUUAGCUACACUUUAUCGCAAAUAUUUUGAAAGUCAAAUGUCUGAAGAUGAUAAUAAUGAACCUCAAUCAGAUGAUGAUAAUAAUUGCAAAUUUUUUCCUAAACUUGUUGCAUCUCUUUUAUCUGAAAAUUGGCCUAGACAUCAUGGUACUUCUGAUAAUGAAAUUAUUUAUACAGCUAUGGCUAUUUUUAAAGGAUUAAUUGGUGAUAUGAAAAAAUAUUUUGAUCCACCAAAUGAUGAGAAUGAUGAUACUGAAUGUAUGGAUGAUAAAACAUUAAAAUUUUGUGCAGAUACAAUUUACCAAAUAAUUUCAACACGUACAAAAGGUCUUUAUAGAAAUCAUCUUUAUAUGCUUACCGAUGCAUAUUCUGUUUUUUCAAAAGCAUUAAUAAAAAAUAACCCACUUGAUGAGAUGAUGAGAAAACGUUUAUUAGAAUGUGUUAUUGAAAUGGAUAAAGUCACAAAUGGAAGGAGUAGUGUUUAA